AUGCGACUUAAAGCACUUCCCAGCCUGUUGACAGGCUUCAUCCUACUCACCUCCACAAUCGCGGCCACAAAUCCCAAGUUCUCAGCCGAGCAGAUGAGACAGUCGCUCUCCGGCGAUGGCAUCGACCUCGCCGCCGCCGGGGCGCCCGUAUGGUUCUUCGGCGAACCCCAAGGACAUUUUCCAUGCUACCCGACUUUCCCCGUUAACGACGAAGGGCAACAAACACCCGCAGGAGAACUUUGCGAUUUCCCCGACACCGAUUGUAACUGCCGCGAGCCUUGGAUUUCUGACGGAAAGUUUGACCCUUCUUUUCCGGUAUACUUUUCCUUCAGGGAGUGUGAUAGCGAAGAAGUUCAAGUGGCGUAUAACCUCUUUUAUGAGAAGGAUGGGUUCUCCCCAGAGGGGAUCUUUGGACAUGCGUACGACUGGGAAUAUGUCAUUGUAAUUUGGAAGAAGACAGCAUAUGGAGAGAAUGGAGAUUCAUCGUGGAGCCCGACCCAUCUGCUACUGUCAGCGCAUGGCAAGCUGGCCUCUCACAACUGGAUGGACUGUGAUAUGGAUGAAGAAACCGGAAAGCCAAAGGUUUACACAUCGUGGGCUAAGCAUGCCCAUUAUGCUGAGCCGAUGACAAACAAGACAACGCUGUUACGGGAGAUGACUGAGGAUGCAUAUCGUGGAGAGGAUUGGUGGUAUUAUCCCAGGGAAGACGACCUUAUCAAAGCUGAUCGCAGCACGGAUAUGGGGAAGCUGAUCGAGAGCUUCGACUGGGGGCAGGCGGUAGGAAACCCGGCGGUGGUGCAUGAUCGACUUUGCACGGAUGCGACCGCGGAGCAAUAA